AUGGAGGCUAUAACUAUUUUUCGUGCUAUAAAAAAAGGUUGUUCUCUUGGUUGGAAGAAGAUCGUUUGCAAAUCUGAUUCUCAAAUUGUGAUUGAUGUGCUGAAUCUGCAACAUUUAAGUGAAGCUAAUUUGCAUUUAGCUGUAGUGUUAAAGAAAAUCUCAAAUUUGUGCUUUUCUUUGGAUGAUAUUUCUUUCUACAAUAUUACUCUUGAAUGGAACAAAGUGGAAAAUUGUGUGGAAAAAUGGGCUUCAGAGAAAUUGGAUAUGUGGGAUGUGGAUGAUUACUGUCUCUUGGGGUCCGAGUAUAGCAAGCCUUUGGAAAAAUCAGAAGAAGAAAGGCCGUCUUCAACACCACUUUCUUCUCUCUUGACAGUUCCUGUAAUCGACGUGGAAAAGAUUCUCUUGCCCUCUGACAACCAUGAAAGAUGCAAGGAGAUGGGCAUUCUUUCUAAGGCCUGCAUAGAGGGGGGCUUCUUUCAGAUUGUGAACCAUGGAAUUCCACAUUCUUUGGUAGAUCGCAUGAGAGGAGUGACAAAUGAAUUCUUUAGUCUUUCCUUAGAAGAGAAGAAAAAGUAUGCUCCACAAACAGGAGAUUCUCAAGGCUAUGGUAAUAUGUUUGUGGUUGAUGGAGAUCAAAAGUUGGAUUGGGGCGACUCCAUAGCUUUGGCUCUUAUGCCUAAGAAACUUGUCAAGUUAUCUCUAUGGCCAAAAACACCAUCGGAUUACAGAAAUACACUACAAAGUUACACAACUCAAGUGGAAAGGGUUGCUCAAAUCAUCCUUAGUCUAUUUGGUGAAAACUUACAAUUAAACAAUGAUUAUUUUAAAGAAAAGUUUGGAGAAGAUCCAAUGAUGGCAGUAAGGAUGAAUUUAUAUCCACCUUGCCCUAGGCCUAAUCUAGUGUUGGGGUUAAGCCCUCAUUCCGAUGGAGCUGCCAUAACACUUUUACUUCAAGAUGAACACAUAGAAGGCCUUCAGGUUCGCAAGAACAACAAAUGGGUUCCUAUUCAACCCAUUCCUUAUGCCCUUGUUGUUAAUAUUGGUGACCUAAUAGAGGUGAUGACAAAUGGAAUCUAUAAGAGUAUAGAACAUCGCGCGGUGACAAACAAAGAGAGCACAAGGUUAUCCAUUGCUAUGUUUUAUUUCCCAGGCUUAGAUGAUGAAGUGGCUCUUGCAAGCAACCUUGUCGAUGAAGAACGCCCUUCACUAUAUGGGAAGUUCAAACAAAAAGAAUAUAUGCACUAUUACACAAAUACAAAACUCAAUGGAAAAAAGUCAUUGGCUAACUUUUCCAAAAUAUGUGAAUAUUAUUCAAUAUGA